AACUUUCUUUGCCCACUUCGUCGCCGUUAAACAGCCCCAUGUAGAGAUAGAUUAUAGAUAGAGAGAGAGAGAGACAAAACCAUUUUUUCUAGAGAGAGAAAUUGAGAGCUAAAGAGAGAAAUUGACCGAGAAAGUUUUAGAGAGAGAGAGACGGUUAGAUGGCGACGCCGGGGGGAGUGGCGGUACUGCCGAAUUCAGUGAACAAGGUCGAUUCUUCUUCGUUGUCUUCAUCGAAAGCUUGUUUGAGUGGCUCGGAGACGAAGUCGCCGAUUCUGAUUUUCUUGUUCUUUCAUAAAGCGAUUCGCAAUGAGCUCGACGCGCUUCACCGAUCUGCCAUGGCCAUCGCCACAGGGAACCGCAGCGAUAUCCGGCCGCUGCUCGACAGCUACCAUUUUCUGCGUUUGAUUUACAAGCACCACUCCAAUGCCGAAGACGAGGUAAUCUUCCCAGCUCUUGAUAUACGUGUGAAGAAUGUAGCACAAACGUAUUCUCUUGAACACAAGGGUGAAAGCAAUCUUUUUGAUCACCUAUUUGAGCUGCUAAAUUCUAAUAAACAAAAUGAUGAAAAUUUUCCAAGGGAGUUAGCUUCCUGUACAGGAGUCCUACAGACAUCAGUUAGCCAACACAUGGCUAAGGAAGAGGAGCAGGUCUUCCCCUUGCUUAUUGAAAAGUUUUCGCUUGAAGAGCAGGCAUCUUUGGUCUGGCAGUUCUUGUGCAGCAUUCCGGUGAAUAUGAUGGCAGAGUUCCUUCCAUGGCUUUCAAACUCCAUUUCAGCUGAUGAAUGUCAAGACCUACGGAAGUGCUUAAGAAAGAUAGUCCCAGCGGAAAAGCUUCUUCAAGAGGUGAUUUUUAAUUGGAUGGAAGGGAGAUGUCGUGCUAAAACAGUUGAAUGUUCUGUAGACAAUCCUCAGCUCCGAUGCAGUAUAAGUUCUUGUGCAAGUACAUUAGCUAUUCAGACGGAGAAAGUAAAUUGUGCAUGUGAGUUCACCAGGACUGGGAAAAGGAAAUAUCUAGAGUCAGGUAGUGAUGUUCCAGAGACCUCAGGAACGCAUCCAAUAGAUGACAUAUUGCUCUGGCAUAAUGCUAUUAAAAGAGAGUUGAAUGAGAUAGCCCAGGAAGCUAGGAAGAUACAAAUUUCUGGAGAUUUCACUAAUUUUUUGGCUUUCAAUGAGAGGUUGCAAUUUGUAGCUGAAGUUUGCAUCUUUCACAGUAUUGCUGAGGACAAGGUCAUAUUUCCUGCUGUAGAUGGAGAAAUUUCGUUUUUCCAGGAGCAUGCGGAAGAAGAAAGCCAGUUCAAUGAGUUUAGGUAUUUAAUUGAAAGUAUACAAAGUGCAGGAGAAACCUCUACUUCAGCUGCUGAGUUUUAUGGAAAAUUGUGCUCACAUGCUGAUCAUAUAAUGGAAACUAUACAGCGGCACUUCUACAAUGAGGAAGUGCAGGUUCUUCCACUUGCUCGAAAGCACUUUAGCUUUAAAAGACAGCGGGAACUUUUGUAUCAAAGCUUGUGCGUGAUGCCCUUGAAACUGAUUGAGCGUAUCUUGCCAUGGCUGGUAGGAUCAUUGACUGAAGAUGAAGCAAGGAAAUUCCUCGAAAACAUGCAAUUAGCAGCUCCCAAUUCGGAUAUGGCUCUGGUAACACUCUUCUCUGGUUGGGCUUGCAAGGCUCGUAACCAGGGUUUUUGCUUGUCUCCAAAUGCAACUGGUUGCUGUCCUGCUAAAAGUUUUGCUGAUAUUGAAGAAAAUUUUGGUAGAUCGUCUUGUGCAUGUGCUUCCACAUUGUCUGCUAGAGACAGCACAGAAUCAGCUGAAGCAGAUGAAACCAAAAGGUCAUUCAAAAGAAAUGUCUCUGUGCCUUGCAAGGGUAGCAGUGCCCCUGACCCUUCAGAGACUAUAGAUGCCCAGAAACAUCGACCUUGUUGUGUCCCUGGUUUAGGAGUAAACAGUAAUAAUUUGGGGUUGAGUUCUCUUGCUACUGCUAAGUCUUUGCGUUCCUUGUCUUUCAGCUCUUCUGCCCCAUCUAUUAACUCCAGUCUUUUUGUCUGGGAAACAGAUAAUAGCUCUUCUGAUAUUGGAUGUGCAGAACGACCAAUUGAUACCAUAUUUAAAUUUCAUAAAGCCAUAAGCAAAGACUUGGAGUAUUUAGAUGUUGAAUCUGGAAAGCUUAGUGACUGUGAUGAGACAUUCCUUCGGCAGUUCAUUGGAAGAUUUCGUCUUUUGUGGGGCUUAUAUAGAGCUCAUAGUAAUGCUGAGGAUGACAUAGUGUUUCCAGCGUUGGAAUCGAAAGAGGCACUUCAUAAUGUGAGUCACUCAUACACAUUGGACCAUAAGCAGGAAGAAAAACUUUUUGAAGAUAUAUCUUCUGUUCUUUCUGAGCUUUCACACCUGCUUGAAAGCAUGCAGAAGGCCCAUACGAUAGGGUAUUUAACUGGAAGUAACACUGGAUUUUCUUCUGCCCAUGGUAGUGAUUCUGCUAAAAAAUACAAUGAGCUAGCUACUAAGCUUCAAGGAAUGUGCAAAUCAGUAAGAGUGACAUUGGAUCAGCAUAUUUUCAGGGAAGAACUUGAGCUGUGGCCAUUGUUUGGCAGACAUUUCUCUGUGGAGGAGCAAGACAAAAUAGUGGGCCGCAUAAUUGGGACUACGGGUGCUGAAGUGCUGCAAUCUAUGUUACCAUGGGUAACUUCUGCACUUACUCAGGAUGAACAGAACAAAAUGAUGGACACAUGGAAACAGGCAACCAAAAACACAAUGUUCAAUGAAUGGCUUAAUGAAUGUUGGAAAGGAAGUCCAGGGUCAACUUCAGAGACUGAAACAUCAGAAACUAGCGUCUCUCAAAAAGGUAUGGAAUAUCAAGAAAGCUUGGACCAUAGUGAUCAGAUGUUCAAGCCUGGUUGGAAGGAUAUUUUCCGUAUGAAUCAAAAUGAGCUUGAGUCUGAAAUCAGAAAGGUUUAUCGGGACUCAACUCUCGAUCCAAGGAGAAGGGCAUAUCUUGUACAGAAUCUUAUGACUAGUCGCUGGAUAGCGACUCAGCAAAAGUUACCUAAAUCAGUAGCUGGGGAAGCUUCUAAUGGUGAAGAUGUAGUGGAACGCUCACCAUCAUUUCGAGAUCCUGAGAAACAAGUGUUUGGGUGCGAACACUAUAAAAGAAACUGCAAACUCCGUGCUGCUUGUUGUGACAAGUUCUUUGCAUGUAGAUUUUGCCAUGACAAUGUGAGCGAUCAUUCAAUGGACAGGAAAGCAACAUCAGAAAUGAUGUGUAUGCGUUGCCUGAACAUUCAAGCGGUUGGGCCAAUAUGCAUGACACCUUCAUGCAAUGGAUUUUUGAUGGCAAAGUAUUAUUGCAGUAUCUGUAAAUUUUUUGAUGAUGAAAGGACUGUAUAUCACUGCCCAUUUUGCAAUUUAUGCCGUCUUGGGAGAGGUCUUGGCAUUGAUUAUUUUCAUUGCAUGACAUGCAAUUGCUGCCUGGGAAUAAAUGUUGUGAACCACAAAUGCCUAGAGAAAGGUUUAGAAACAAACUGCCCUAUCUGCUGUGAUUUCUUAUUCACAUCAAGUGCAACGGUCAGAGCUCUACCUUGUGGCCAUUACAUGCAUUCGGCUUGCUUUCAGGCAUACACUUGCAGUCACUACACCUGUCCAAUUUGCAGCAAAUCUUUAGGAGAUAUGGCGGUUUACUUUGGCAUGCUUGACGCAUUGUUGGCUGCAGAGGAGCUUCCAGAGGAAUACAUUGAUCGUUGUCAGGAUAUACUCUGCAAUGACUGUGAUCGAAAGGGCGAAUCACGCUUCCACUGGUUGUAUCAUAAGUGUGGAUUCUGCGGGUCAUAUAACACCAGGGUGAUCAAGACUCGGACGUCAAAUUCCAACUGCUCCACAGCACGCUAACGAGAGGUUUUCUUUUUCUUUGAGAAAAUAUAUAUAUUCACUGUAGUUUGUAAAUACUUGUAUUCUCCGGACAGAGAAAGAAAAAGAAAAAACUUGUAUAGACAACCCAAUUUUCCCCCAACCAGGACACUGGCCAUUGUUACGUCCGACAAGUAGUAGAAUACAACCCUUUUAUAGAAUCGCCUUAAAGAUCUACUUCCAGUUGUUUAUAUGCAUAUAUGAUCAAGACGAGAAGCGCUAAGGGCAUGGAAAUGCCAUCACUUGUAGAGUAUGUGCUACGUGCGCUCUUUCAUGGUGCGGUAGAAUUUUUCAACUAACCGGUACUGUGACUUUUUUAUUUUUUAUUUUUUAUUCCCUUUACAUAUAUUUUCUUUA